AGUCAUCAAAGUGCGAUGGUUAUAGGUAUCAUUUGAAUGAGUUCCAAAUAUUGCCUUGCAUCUAUACACAUUGCACCAUGUCUUUCUCUAACCUCGUCUCUGAUCUUGCGUUUAGAGAUGUCCAAGAUGAUCGGAGUUCUCAGAUUUCUCAUGCUCGAUCACAAGCCACUGCACGAUCUUAUACCAGCACAGCUGCAACAAGUGUCAGCAUAUCAGGCGACAUAUCCAGUCAACUCCAUUCUGGCUAUAGCCACCCCUUGAGUAGAUCAUGGCAAGCCGAGAAGCAAUUAACUAAGGAGAUGCUUAUCUACCCGCUUUUUAUAACCGACAGUCCUGAUGAAGAGACUCCUAUUCCAUCUCUUCCGAACCAAAGCCGCCGAGGGUUGAAUCGUUUGGUACCAUUCUUGAGGCCUAUGGUCCAGAAGGGAUUGCGCUCUGUCAUUCUGUUUGGGGUCCCACUGCACCCAUCUGCGAAGGAUGCACUGGGAACAGCGGCAGACGACCCGACUGGACCGGUGGUUCAGGCUAUCCGUCUUCUUCGGUCACGAUUCCCGCAACUUUAUAUUGUUACUGAUGUUUGCCUCUGUGAAUAUACCUCGCAUGGCCAUUGCGGGAUCCUUCGUGAAGAUGGGACACUAGACAAUGCCCAAUCUGUUGAUCGGAUUUCGGAUGUUGCCUUAGCCUAUGCUGCUGCGGGUGCUCACUGCGUGGCCCCGUCCGACAUGAAUGAUGGGAGAGUCCGUGCCAUAAAGUUAAAGCUGAUCGAAGCUGGCUUUGCCCAUCGUGUUCUUUUGAUGUCCUACAGUGCUAAGUUCAGCGGAUGUCUCUAUGGCCCCUUCCGCGACGCUGCAGGUUCUUGCCCAUCUUUUGGAGACCGUCGUUGUUACCAACUUCCACCAGGUGGUCGAGGUCUUGCUCGGCGAGCGAUACAGAGGGACCUAGGCGAGGGGGCAGACAUUAUAAUGGUAAAACCUGCAAGCAGCUACCUGGAUAUCAUCAGGGAUGCAAAGGAGCUUGCAAAAGAUAUGCCUGUGGCUGCUUAUCAGGUUAGCGGUGAAUAUGCCAUGAUACACGCUGGGGCUAAGGCUGGCGUUUUCGAUCUGAAAGCCAUGGCCUUUGAGAGUACGGAGGGUAUAUUGCGGGCUGGUGCUGGUAUCAUAGUGAGUUACUUUGUUCCUGAAUUUCUGGACUGGCUUUCAUAAGCAUGUCUUUUACAUUUAGCUCAAACUGUCACAUCACCAGUGGGCUUUCCCUCUGUUUAAUUCUGACAACAAGCAAAAUGAAUGUAUGAAAUUUGUCACCAGAACAGAGUAGACUGUGGAACAAUUAUUUGGCAAGAGUUUCACUCCAAUAAAACAUGUAGCCGCGUGGUAUUUUGAUCAAAUCUUA